GGCAGAGCAGAGAAAAUGUCAGCGAGGAGAAAAGAGAGAGCAGAGGGAGAGAUCCUCUCAGAAGAGGAGGACAGGAGGAGUGUUGAGGAUGAAGACUUUGAGGAGGUGAUGAAGGAGGUUGCAUCCUCCACUGCUGCCAGAAAAAAAACUGCACCACCCAAACAAAAUAUCAUCCCCCACAUCCCAGAGGUAGUGGACGACUUCCUAAGGAACUUCCUCCGGCGAGCUGGCCUGACACGGACUCUGAACAGCUUUGAGGCAGAGUGGUACGGUCCAGCUCAGAAACUCCUGACAGGAAGUCUGACAAUGGCGGGGACAGGUGUCUUCUUCAUCCCUGACGCUCUGACACACAGGCAGCUCCUCCUGUCUGAGCUGGAGACAGUUCACAGAGAGACAGACCAGCUCAGACAGGAAGUGCUGGUGUCAGGGGACAGCCUGGUGAGGAUGCAGAGGGAGAGGGAUUUCCACUGGUUACAGUACCGACGAGUCGCUGAGAACAAAAACAGGCUGAUCGAGGACUUCAAACAGCUGAAGAAACACCUCCAGUCCUACGAGCCAGCGCUGAGGCAGCUGGAUGAUAAAUAUCAAGCAGCUCUGAGGCAGAAAAUGCUCAUCAGUCUCCAAAAGGACCGAAUUCAAAACACCACAGAAGAAAAGCUGAAUCAGGAAAAGGUCAGUAAAGAGAGAAGCACCAAAAGAAGCAACAGUGGUGAUAAAUCAUCAUCAAAAAGCAGCAUCAGACACACCGGACACCAAGAGGACACAGACUUCCCUGUCUACAGCUGCCCGCUGAGCUCUCACCUCGCCCAGGUGAACUUUGAAAAACUGAAAAGUCCCAGUUCAUUCAGCUUGUCCUGCACCAUCAGGGCCCAUGAGCUUCCCAUCAGCUGCAUCGACCUCCAUCCACAGCAACAGAUCCUCGCCUCCGCCAGUGACGACUGCAGCUGGAGGCUGUGGGCGCUGCCAGCCAACGGAGAGAAGGUCGCUCAGAUGGUACUGACAGGUGAGGGUCACUCUGAUUGGCUGUCUGGCUGCAGUUUUCAUCCCGAUGGAGUAAAACUUGCAACAACCAGUGGAGACACAACGGUGCGACUCUGGGAUUUAUCUCACGGCUGCUGCGUGUUGACCCUGUCCGGUCACAGCCAGCCCACCUGGGGCUGCUCCUUCCACUCAUGCGGUCACUUUCUGGCUUCCUGCUCUGCUGACAAAACUGCUAAGCUGUGGGACCUAAACAGCCAGCGCUGCCGCCUCACACUACGUCGCCACACCGCCUCUGUCAACAGUGUCUGCUUCCUGUCCUUCUCCAACCUCCUCCUCACCUGCUCAGCUGACAGAACCCUCGCCAUGUGGGAUGCCAGGCUGGGUGUCUGCACCGCUACUUUUCAUGGACACCAGCACCCCUGCAACCACACCACAUUCAGCCUGGCAGGAAACGCCAUAGCCUCAUGUGACUCCCGUGGCAUCAUCAAGCUUUGGGACAUCAGGAAACCUGCGUUGGCUGCGGCCACAGUAGAUACCGGACCACUGGCUGCCAACCAGGUGGCAUUCAGCCCAUCAGGAAAGAUGCUGGCUGUUGCCAGCAGCGACGCUGUGGUCAGAGUGGUGGAGGUUGAUUCCUGCAUGGUGAGCUGUCUGUCGGGAUACAGCGAUGCUGUGCAGAGCGUGAGCUUUGACCACAAGGGGGAGAGUGUGAUGUCAGCAGGGAGUGAUGGUGUGAUUAACAUCUGGUCAUGACAUCAUGUGAAUGAAAAACUAAGGUAAAAGCAGCUGAUGAUGUUUUAUAAAACAAGUUUUUUUGUUGAAAUAUUUUCUCUGACAGCAGAAGUAAAUCUUUUUUUUCAUUGAACAGAAGUUAAGAUUCUUGAAAUGUUAAUUAUUGUCUUACACAGGCAGCUGUAUGUGAAU